CAGAUGCGCUCACUCACAUAGAGAGAGGCACUCUCACUCACCGCCUUCUUCUCCUGCCCUCCCUCGUCCCUGAGCUGGUCAGCACCAGCGACGAGACGCUGUCAGCCACACGAAAAAGUGAGAGAGAGACAGAGAGCGAGAGAGAGCCAGAGUCCAAUCAAUCGAUGAUGCUGUAACGAUUCGUUCCUAUUCCGCGACUGCUGUCUCCUCCUCCUCCCUCCUCUGCUCUGCUGCUUGCUUUCUGUUGUCUCGGUACCCUAGAAGUGCCCCCCCUCUCCUUGUUCGUGCCCUCACCGAACGAGUCCUGCCAGCCCUCGUAACUUCCUGACGGCGGGCAGGUGUUCAACCAGCGGGAUCACCGUCAUGCAAGCGGUUUCUGCGAUUGCAGUGCCUCCCCCUUACGUCGCUGGAAUGCAAGCAACUUCACCUCAGCAACAGCAACAGCUGAUCUACCCUCCGCCGGCGUUGAUGCAGCACCAACUCCCACUGCAGCAGGUUCAGGUUCAAGCGCAGGCUGCUCCUAUGCCGGCUGUUCCGCAGCAGGACGGCUAUGGAGCUGCCGUCACCGCCGGGAGUCUCCACUCAAUGUCGCCUGCUCAGAGCCACAGUGCGCCUUCUAUGUCUGGCCAGAAGCGGGAUAGUUCGGGUGCUCCUGUGCACGGCGGCCGCGAUCCAACUGAUGGUGCUUUUGUGAAACUUUUCGUCGGGUCUGUUCCUCGAACAAUUACAGAAGACGAGGUGCGACCAAUGUUCGCUGAGCACGGUAACGUUAUAGAAGUCGCCAUUAUCAAGGACAAAAGGACAGGAAAUCAACAAGGUUGUUGUUUCGUCAAGUAUUCCACUGUUGAAGAGGCAGAUAGAGCAAUCAGGGCUCUUCAUAAUCAGAAAACGUUGCCAGGAGGAGUUGCUCCAGUGCAAGUGCGAUAUGCUGAUGGAGAGCGUGAGCGACUUGGGGCUGUGGAACAUAAAUUGUUUGUUGGUUCACUCAAUAAACAAGCCUCUGAGAAGGAGAUAGAAGAGCUUUUUCUUCCGUAUGGCCGAGUUGACGAUGUAUAUAUCAUGAGGGAUGAGCAGAAGCAGAGCCGAGGUUGCGCUUUUAUUAAGUAUUCUCAAAGGGAUCAUGCUCAAGCCGCAAUUAAUGCUUUGAAUGGAGUUCACAUCAUGCAGGGUUGUGACCAACCUUUGGCAGUUCGCUUUGCUGAUCCCAAGCGACCGAAGGGCGGGGAUGCCAGAGUUGGUGGUCCAGGUGUUGGUGGCCCAGGUUUUAGUCCGCGACAAGGAUCACUAGUUCAACAAGGGCCAGGAGGUCCAAGGUUUGUGUCUAUGCAUGCACAAAUGGGUCAUCCAGCUGGUCGUGUUCCUUCGAUGGGCUGGAGACCCCAAGCAGGACUUGGUCUUGGUCCUCUCCAAGUACCCAGCCCAUAUGGAGCUGCGACAGUGGCCCGGGCGGGGCCUGUGACGGGUGUGCCGCAGAUGGGUGGUAUGAUGGUGAGCGAAUUGAUGAAUGGACAUCUUCAAAAUUCCAUAUCUGUUUCUGGUCAAGUCGCUGCCCCAGUAAUGCUGCCUCUUUCACCGCAGCAGGUAAGUCAAGGAUAUUAUCAACAGGCAACUCAACAGAGGCCCCAACAACAAUAUGUCCUUCAGCCCCCACAGCAGCAACAGCAGCAAAUUCAACCGUUGCAGCUACAGCCUUAUGUGCAAAUGCCCCUUCAGCAACAAUCGCAGGCGUACAUGCAGCAACAGGUUCCUCCACGGCCAAUUAUGCAAGUGCAGCCUGGGCAGCAGCAGCAGCAGUCGCAACAACCACAGGUGUUGAUGCAGUUGCAACUGCCACCUACUCAGCAGCAACGGCAGCAGCAACAGCAGUUACCUGAGCAGGUUGCACCCCAGCCUGUAGGGCAGCUUCAAGCUUUGCAGCCAGUGCAACAGCAAACACAGCAACAACCCCAGUCUGUUCAGCAAUUGCAGCCACAGCAGGUCUCACAUCCGAGUAUUUUUGGGGUGUACUAUCAGUCGUCCCUCCCUCAGUCUCAACAGCUCCAGCAGCCUGCGUAUUACCUGCCUGUGCUGCAGCCUCAAUCUCUUGGAUCUGUGGCAGCUCCACAGCCUCCAGCCCCGCAACUGACUUGUGACUGGUCGGAGCACACUUCUGCUGAAGGCUACAAGUAUUAUUAUAAUAGUUCAAGUGGAGAGAGCAAGUGGGAGAAACCGGAGGAGCUGAAGGCUUUUGAACAGCAACAGCAACAGACUCAAGCACCUGUACCAGCCGCGAUCAGCGAUUCUGGUCAGCAGCAAUUUUCUAGCUCAGCUAGUGUUCAACAGACUCUGCCGGGAAUGACAUAUAUGCAGCUACAAUCCGUCACCAGUGGCCCUGCCGAACAGCCUAGGCAGCAGGGACCCCCUGGUGCCAACUUGUUUGUGUUUCGCAUCCCUGAUGACUUCACAGAUGAGAGCAUGAAAGAAACUUUUGCCCCUUUCGGGAAUGUCAUCAACGCAAGAGUGGGUGUGGAGAGGGAAAGCGGCCGGAACAGGGGAUUCGGGUUCGUGAGCUUCGACAGUGCAGAUUCAGCCGAUACUGCAAUUCAGAGACUGAAUAACGUUGCUGUUGGAGGUCGUAGGCUUAAGGUGGAACGGAAGCGAGGUGAAGAGAAUGGAAUUCAUGGGUACCAGCAACAACAGUUUUGAGAAUUAGUGUAGGUUUAGCAUUAGCACUUAGAUUUUCCCUCUCGAACCUCUCUGAUGGAAUUGAAAUAUUUUUAAUACCUCGAGCCGUUUUGAAACAU